UAUCAGGGCUAGGGAAAAUUUUGUUUCGUGGUAAUUAUAGAUUAGGUCUAGAUAGUUUAUUGUUUCCUGUUAAGGAUCUUUGGAUAAUUGCGGGAACUUACAUACUUUGGACGAUAGUACUUACUUUAGGGCUUCGAUUUCUGCUGAUUUUUCCUCAUUUUGUGGUUUUUUGAUAGGUCGAUGAGGAUUAUUUUUAAAAAUUCGAGAGCGAAGCCCUGACUUACUAUAGAAUGUAUUUCACGUUAUUUCAGAAUGAUAAGCCGCAUUUUAAAUUUAUCGAAAUGCACUAUUCAUUGUUAAAAGCAAGCCAUGAAGUUUACAAAAAUAUGAACCUAAUGCUUGAAUCAUUUUUUGCAUUUACUGAACAUAAUAGCAAAUUAUUACAGCUUCGUAUCAAGACAUGGAUCUUAGCAGAAUUUUGGCUGAAAAAAGCGAUAAAGGACACGGCAGAAUUUUUGAAGAGAGUUAGAAAUGACUAUUUGAGUCAUUUCCUAAGCGAUUUAACUGAGGAUAUAGAGCAGAAUCUGUCUUUUUGGCUUACUCAUGAAAAAGGGCAACUUAAAAGAUAUGGCGAUGCAAAAACUUCUUACAAGUUAACGAUUUUAACACGCAUUAACGCCGGGAAAGUGUUAUUAGCAUAUACACGAAUGAAGAAACACUUCCCACCCUUCAGUUUUGGCAGUGAUGAAGAAUAUUUUAAAGAAAAAGCUCAGAUAUUGGCUGAAACGUAUAAGGAAGAAUUGGGAUUAAAAUCGAAAGAUUUUCAAAAAGAUAUGAGCGAGAAGAUAAAGGAGAAGUUUAAAGAGCUUAAAAAAGAGAAUCCUUCAACAUCUGGAAAUUAG